CGUCAACCAGAUCUCUCUCUCUCUCUCUCUCUCUCUCUCUCUCUGACGUAAAUCUUGCACGAGCCAAGCAACCUCAUCGACUCUCUCUUUCUAUCCGUUUUCCAGAGUUUAUCACAUGAAUUCCUAGUUUUUAUUGGUGUAUCAUGAUGAAUCGGAGUUCAUCCAAGGACUCUAUGGUCGGUGCCGGAGGUCGGAAUCAUAAUCAUAGCAACAAUCAUAAUGCUAUGACCAACGGAGUAUUGUCUCACCGGCGAGGAAUGUCUUUCACAAAAAACAACGCAUCUGAGAAUUUCAACAGCAGUAACAACAUGGAUCUCUUCUCUCGUAGUCGCACUAGUCUCCCAGCUGCCUCUUCCGACGAAUCGGACUUGCAAGCGAGAUUAGCGACACUUUCAGUUGGAUCAGCAAAACCUGCGAAAAGCAUAUUAGAUGAUCUUCUGAAUUCCAAUGAAGGGGGAAAGAAUGACUACGAUUGGCUUCUAACUCCCCCAGGAACUCCUCUCUUUCCUUCUUUGGAUGGAAAAGAGUCUCAACAACCUGCACGUGUCACUGCAAGAAGCAAAUCUUCAGUAAGAUCAAGUUCCAUAAACAAAACUUCAAGGCUAUCUGUAUCUCAAUCUGAGAGCAAUCAUCCUUCAAGACCUGCAAGAAGCAGUUCAGUGACUCGAUCCUCCAUCUCCACCACACAAUAUACAAACUAUUCUAGCAGAAACACCAACAUUUUAAACACAAGCUCUGCUUCUGUUUCUUCUUAUAUAAGACCUUCUACCCCUACUAAAACUGCAAGACCUUCUACCCCAUCUACCCGAACAACCCCUUCAAGAACUUCAACUCCUUCUAGAACCCGCCCCACCCCCACCCCUACCCCUACCCCUACCCCCACCCCAAUAAGACAAAACACAAGACCUUCAACACCUACUUCAAGACCACAAACACCUGGAAACUUGACACCUUCUCCUACAAUUCGACCACCUUCCAGGUCAUCAACCCCUACACGUAGAACCCUAACACCUUCUCUCACCCCAUCCACCUCAUCUUUGACUUCUACCUCACGUGGGUUGACUUCAAAUGGACGAAGUAGUACAGUGGGGUCCACUUCAAGACCGAGUUCUCCUAGUCCACGUGUACGCCCGCCACCUCAGCCUAUGAAUAUAAUGGAUUUCCCUCAUGAAACACCGCCGAAUCUUAGAACGACUUUACCAGAUCGACCUCUGUCUGCUGGUAGGUCAAGACCAGGUGGGUCCACUACUGUGAAGGGUAAUUUAGACAAUUCAAACACCGGAAGUGGGACCAUCACGAGAAGACAUUCGUCCCCUAAUGUGAUUAGGGGACGGCUUCCGGAACCUUCCGGAAGCGGAAGGUUGCGUCCUAAUUCUAAUGGGAAUGUUGUUGAGAGUUUGGAUCCAAGAAGAACUUCUCAUUUGCCACAAUCAGUAACAAGAAAACCUGUAAAGUCGUCUUCAAAUUCGGAAAAUGGAACAGGAUUUGGGAGGAAUAUCUCAAAGAAAUCACUGGAUAUGGCAAUUAAACAUAUGGAUAUAAGAAAUGGAGGUGUACGACCACUUUCAGGGUCAACGCUUUUCCCACAAAGCAUUCGGUCAAGCAACUCCAGGGCCCACCCUACAGUUACACGUGCAAGUUCUGUAGAUGGCGGUGGAUCUGAAAAUGGGAAUUAUAGUAAUAAUGGGUAUUUAUGGAACAGAGGUGGUGGUGGUGGUGGGCCCAUGGAAGAUCAAAGCCCACAUUCUUCUAAACUAUCAUCGGAAGUUGACAUGUAUGAGAGUUCAAGGUACGAUGCUAUUUUACUCAAAGAAGACCUUAAAAACACAAGCUGGUUGCACACUGCGGAUGACAAAACUACUGAUGAAGCUCUUUUGUUUGAUCAUGGGUUCGAGUCUCUCCCUGAGCCUUUUAGUCCUUUGUGAUCAUUUAUUUCCUUUCUUAUUCAUAUUUUCUUUUUUAAAAAUGUUAUUUAUCGAA